AUGGCUGAGGACACUGGCAAAUCAAGCAGACUUGGCCAUCCAAGUACCAUUCUGAGGCUGUGCAAUAGAGCAGGAGUACUCUUUGAGGAUGCAGAUAUAGAUUGGGUAAAGGGAGGCAGAGAAAUUACCAAGAAAAAAAUGGAUGGUAUCCCUGAAACUCAGGAGGAGAGAAGAGCUCAAGGAAGAAGGAGGAGACCACAAAUAGAGGAAGAACAAGCUUCUGGUGCAAUGGACUUAAGCCAAAUACAAAGAUCCAUUAAAGAAAUGUCUCAACAAUACAUGAGAGCACAGGAGCAACAACAGGAGCAAUAUUUGAAGCAACAAGAGCAGUACUUGAAAGCCCAAGAGCAACAAGAGCAUUGGCAGCAGCAAAUGAUGGAGAAGCAAGAAAACUUCCAGCUCAAGAUGUUGGAUCAACAGAGAGAGUUUCAAGCAAUAACUUUUGAUUGGCAAAGGGAACAAUCAGCACACUCUCAAGAAUCAUUUAACAGAUUGUCCCUACAACAAGCCAAGCAAGGAGAGUACAUCCAAAAUCUUUACCAAUGGAAGAAUAUAUAUCAUACAAUUGGAGAGCAUAGGAACUUGGACAGGAUGGAGUAUGAUAUAGAAACUCAAGCAAAGUUGGACUAUGUGGUCAGUGGCAUGCCAAUAUUAAACCAAGAGAUUAAGCCAUAUGUUCAAUGCCAAGAAUUGGUAGACAAUCAGAGAGCAAAAGCCAAGAAAAAUACAGCACACAUGCAACAAGGAUUGAAGGAUGCUGGGCUCUGGGGUCAGAUGAAUUUGAUUACUCAACAAUUGAGCAGAAUGCAGGUUUCAGCUGUCAACACUCAGAAUGCACCUCAAGAGGCCCCUUUUGACAUGACUGGUAGCUAUAUGAAAGAUGAGAAUUAUGAUUAUGCUCAAUCUUCUUCUGAACAUAAUAAUCAUAAUAACCGUCAGUUUCAGUCUCAUCAACAACAACCAUCUCAGCAGACAAAUUCUCAGCCCCAGAAGAACACUGGUUUGGAAGCAGUACUGAAUAAUUUUAUGCAGGAAACUAGAGCUUCCCUCAGAAAGUUGGAGGUGCAAGUAGGCCAGUUGAGCAAGCAAAUACCUGAGAGGCCUCCAAGUACAUUUCCUGGUGAUACAGUAGUGAACCCAAGAGAAGACUACAAGGCCAUUCAAUUGAGAAGUGCUAAAGUACCUGGUUCUGAGACUAAGGUCAAUAAGGAGCUAGUUGAAAAAGAAGCUCCAGAGGAGAAGAAAGAAGAGGUGGAGCACGACCCUCCUAGGCAUGCAGACAAUCCAUUCCCAGUGGUCUUUAAUGUAUUUGAAGCCAUCAAAUACCCUAAUGAUUCUGAAGGAUGUAUGAGAGUUGAUGUUGUUGAGCCACUUAUUCAAGAGGUACUAGAAGCCGAGGUACUUGAUGAUAUUCUGGAUCUUCUCUGA